AUGCUGUCAAGUUGUGACAUUAUUGCUAGCUUUUCUCCGCAUUCGAAAAGCUUCGCUUUCAGGUCUAACGGUCUACAGAGGAAAUAUGUCGAUUUGUACCCAUUGAGUGCAGAAAGUGACUACCAGGUCACCAGUUCGCAAGCACACCAUAUCGACUACGAAAGUUGCGAUUUACAGCUUGAGGAUCUGAAAUCAACGACAUGGUGCUCCGAAAAUGGUCAGGGCUCGAAAACCAAGCGAAAACGGACAGAAGUCGAUGUACCCGGCAAUGAACAGUCUGGAAAUGCAGAAGCGAUAGAAGAAUACUUUGUCAACGUCUUCAAGGGCGGGAAGAUCGUAGUCUUCUCGCCCACAGGAAAAGAAAUUGUCAAUAUAAUAAAGAACAAGCAAGAAAUCCUGGGUCUGGGAUUCUCAGGUCCCGGGAUAUGGAUUCUGGACGCAGACAAAACAAUCAAGCAUUUUGAUUACCGCUCUUCAAAACCUUUGAAAACGUUUCACCUAAUUGACGGGAAAAAUGAUGAAAUCACGUAUCUACAAGUGCUGGACUGGCAAGACAGCGUGCUGCUGGCAGUUUUCACUACGACCAACCUUUAUAUUGUGGAUUCUUCGAAAAGACGUCCCUCUACAGUGGUCAACAUGGAUCUGCCCAUGGGGAAACGAUGUGUCCUGGGCGCCGACGGACAGUUAAUCGUCGCGGGAUCCGACAAGAUUCAUGUUGUCGAAUUGAAAACGGGGAAAGUGAUUUCGAAGUGGAAAUUUCAAGCUGCAGAGCUCAAAUAUCAAGACGGGAAGGUGUUCGCCCUGUCCACUGACGGAUUCGUGUCGGUUUUCGAACUUGGUAAUCAAAGUGAAAUUUGCUCACUUAUAUGUCGGCACUCCAAAAUCAUCGAUUUCACAUUAUUGAACUCUAGCAUAAUAAUCGCAUGGCUCAACGUCAAUGAGCCCAAAUUUGAGCAUGUAACAUUUGAGGACCUUGUCAAAAGUGGCGAAAUAGUCUUCAAUCAGGAACAAGAAGCUUCGCCGGAUUCUGUGGCGGUCGUCGAGACAGAGCCUCAAGCAGAAAUGGAAAAGACAACAAAAAAAUCAAAAGCUCAGGGAAAGGGGAAAGACAGCGCGGCCGUUUUUCUGCAGGCUUUAGAAGCUGGCAACGAUCCGAACGAGAUACUACGGAUCCUGGAAUCUGAAAGUUGGACUGAAGCUCAAAUCAAAGAAAUUGUUGAUCUCGAGCUAUCGGAAACCCACAUAAAAAAGCUCUUUCCCAUCCUAUCUCGCACAAUAGCCCAAAAUCCACUGUCUACGAAUAGCAAUUCAACAUAUUGGUUGAAGUGGAUGUUGACCCUAAGUCCUAACAAGGUAUGCCCUGCAGACAAUCGUUCGGCUCAGAAGGGACUCAAGCAAAUCCGUUCAUCUUUACGUCCCAGUGCGGAUUCCUACCCUCUACUGCUCUCGAUCAAAGGGAAGCUUGACAUGCUUAGCGAACAAGCGAAACUUCGCCAAGAAUUUACCUCUUUGUCUAUGAGCACAAACGGCUCAAAUGAUAAAAAUGAAGAAUUGUUUGAGGAGCAGGAGCCGGUAUACAUCAAUGGGGAAGGCGAUGAGUACGUCGACGCCGUCGAUUAUGCCGAAGAACGUAUUACCAAGGCCAAUGGAGACUGA